AUGAUUUUCUACCUCUUACCAACAAGUUUGCUCUCCCAAAAAUUGAAAUGGGAUGAUUUUAAGGAGGGUCAAAUUGAUUUUAUUCAGAGUUUUCCAUUCCAAUAUCAGAAUGAAGAGGUGAGAGUUUGUUGUUCGGAGCCUUUUGGAAAGAAGAUUGUCGAUGUAAACGUGAAAAAGAUGAUAAGGGAGUAUAAUAUUCCAGCACUGAGGGAAAUUGGAUGUAUUGUAUCGUCAUUGUCCACAUUGUGGGUGAUGGAUCGUUGGAGUAGAAAAAUUUAUACCAUAACUGAUGAUGAACAACCAAAAGAGAUGGAAAUUGGGAAGAAAUUUAAUGAGGCAUUGAGAGCUGUUGAAAUUGCAACCUAUACUGAUCAUGCUAUCAUCUUGAUGGAAGAUGUAAAAACUGGAGAAACAUAUUUAUUCGGACAUGGAUCUAAGGAACUUCAAAGGUUUAAGGAUGAUGCUGAUUUAAGUCAACCUAUUUUCAUUCCUCACAAAGAAUUGAAACCUUCGAGUAGAAUUACUCACAUUUCAUGCUGUUUCUCUUACAGUGUUUGUGUGAUUGAUAAUAGAGAUAUUCACAUUUGUGGUCAGAAUUGGAAUUCAUCAAGUUCAAAUGCCACUCCUCACAAUUGGUCUAAUUUAGUGUACAGAUGCCCUGAGGAUGUUAUUUCUCUCAAAUCAGGAAAUUUCUUCUUCAUAGCUGUAUUGAAAGAUGGUAGAAUUGUUUCAGGUGGAUCGAACGGUUAUAAUGAGACGACUCAACCAAGAACAGUGAAAGAUGUUUGUGUAAAUGAUAAUUUGGGAUUUCCAGUGGUAUCAGUAGGUCUUGGUUCCUGUCUUUCCGUACUGAAAUCAAAAUCUGGAAAUUAUCAUAUAUUUGGAAGAACUAAAUCAAAAUACGGUACUGAAAGACAGUUGAAAGAAAGUCUAUGUGUGGAAGAGGAUCGAUCCAGAACUAUUCCAUACGAUGAAGUAUUCGUAGAAAGAGAUGUUGAAGUAAUGCACUACAAGGACAAUUCAAUGCUAAUGAUCAUGAAUGACUCUCCAUGUUUAAUUAGAUACUCCCAAAUACCAACACCAAAUUGCCAAUUCCAAGUUCUUCCUCAGGGAAUUGUAUUUUAUUCUAAGGGAGCCCAAGUCUUGCAACAAUUAUUGCAUUCUGCUCUCAAUCGUCCAAAAAGUAGAUUUAUUUCUGACAUUUCCAUUACUGUGACAUGUUGA